UUUUGGCCAGAAGAGGGCGACAGUGCUACGUAAUCGUUUUUUGGUAAUCGGAAGUUGUAAGAGCGUGCUCACCAGCACAACGAAAACAAUGAAAGCUAUCAUUCAAAGGGUCACGAAGGCGAGUGUGACAGUGGGAGAAGAGCAGAUCAGCUCGAUAGGACGAGGACUGUGUGUACUGCUGGGCAUUUCUGUUGAGGACACCCAGAAGGAUGUUGACUACAUGGUCCGCAAGAUCCUCAACCUGCGUCUGUUCGAGGAUGAGAAUGGCCGGGCGUGGAGCAAAAGUGUCAUGGACAGGGAGUUUGAAAUACUGUGUGUCAGCCAGUUCACCCUGCAGUGCAUACUGAAGGGCAACAAGCCGGACUUCCACUCAGCCAUGCCUGCAGAGUUGGCCCAGCCCUUCUACAACAACAUCCUGGAGAACAUGAGGAGCACCUACAAGCCAGAGCUCAUUAAAGAUGGGAAGUUUGGGGCCUACAUGCAGGUCCACAUUCAAAAUGAUGGACCCGUCACCAUUGAACUGACUUCCCCUACUGGUCCCACAGACCCCAAACAGCUGUCCAAGCAGGAGAAGCAGCAGCAGAGGAAAGAGAAGACGCGCUCCAAAGGCCCCUCGGAGCUGGGCAGGGAGAAAGGUGCCCUGCGUUCCAGACAAGACCCCAACGCCAGCAGCGGGGCCGAGGGUGACGUGUCCUCAGAGAGGGAGCCAUAGGGCAGCACGAUAUCAUUUCGGGGACGUGACAGGGAGCCCAGUUUCCUCAGGAUGGCCUUAAUCCUCGGUGACUUCUACACCUGACUGUGGACUGUCCUCCUUCUUGUUCGCAAACCAACUGGAUUCUCUCGGCCCCUCACAGAACGUUGUACCCUUGCUGGCAUCCUUGGCCACUCUCCUUCGAGGAUCAAGCUCAGAUUGGCUAGGUGUAAACAAGGUAGCGACGAGGACGUUUGGCUACACGGCGAUGCCCAGUCACCUCAGAUUUACGAAGGGAGACUGAACAAGGAUGCAUGGGAAGGGAACAUGGGUGAUUUAAGACGGAACACCCUCUUUUUUUUUUUUUUUCCUCAACAUCAGCAGUGCUAUAACUGUAUGACCCCAAGUAGCAUUCUGCUGCCCCUCUCUUUCUCUCUGUGUCUUUAUAUCUGUCCUCGUUUCUGCCUCUUACACACUCUGUCACGCUGUCUCUUUCUCUCUCUCCCUCUGUCUCUUGUUUACCUCUCAGUCCACUGCUCCCGCUUAAUCUCUGCUUCAAGACAUGGCACCCUGAAGCAUCUCACAGCUCCCUGACCUGUAGUACAGCCGCAGGGACAUCAGGAUAGUGGUAAUACGUCAGCACUGCCAUAUUGAUUGCACCAUUGAAACUCUGUGAUUGGCUUAAUUCAUGUGUGAUUUAAAUAUUUAAAAGCUUGCCUAGGGUAUGUUUGACCCCCUUACACCUGGUAUUAACAUGCAUCUCAGGUGAUAUGGUGGCCGUCAGAUAGUGCUUGAUCACAUAAAAAUAUGGAUGUUAAUGCACCCAGGACAUAUUGGGGAUGAAUUUUGAUCUGAUUGCCCAAAUCAACCCUUCCUACCCAGAUAAUGCAGGAUGACAAGGAUGUGAUAUGUGAUAUACUAUGAUUGGCUUGCAUGCACUGUUGACACACUUCAAGACACGUUAAUACCAGGUGUAAAGAGUCUAUCUUGAAUGAUUCACCCCACCGGACCCAUUCAGAGGACAUGACUGUUUCAAACUGCAGGGAGGGAUAGUGCCAUACUGCCAGCUUUAGUUGUAGUGUAUUUUAUCUCUAGGAUUGAGUAGGUUGGGCUUAGUGACUAGGAAAUAAAUGGGCUCAGUGAUCUAUGCUUUACCUCUGUGGCAACCAGGGCUGAGAGGAGACAGUGGUGUUUCGGCAUAGGGGCCCAAAAUUCGCCACCAUGCUUGGGCAGGCACUGUCACUCUGGCCAAACAAAAACACCAUUUAUUAUGUACAGUUAUAUUGUGUUUGUGUCAAUCGACAGACUUGAAUGUACAUUUUUGUUGUCAUUUUAUAAAGAUGUCGGGAGAA